GAUCAAAAUGAUGUUAUGAUCUUCAGCAUUACAACUUGCAGCUUCUGUUCUAAGGUGAAGGAUCUGUUCAAAUCCAUGAAUGUUUCCUAUUCUGCUCUUGAACUUGACCAAACAGAAGAUGGGCAGCCGCUGAGAGUGGCGCUGUCUGAACUCACGAUGGAGCCUUCGCUGCCCGUGGUCUUUGUGCGCCAGAACCAGGUCGGAGGCUACCAGAAAACUCUGGAGGCACAUCGUGAAGGCACACUUCAUAAGCUGCUUAAUGUGAAUGGACAAGCAGAGGAGCCUUCUUAUGACUACGAUCUGAUUGUCAUCGGAGGAGGUUCAGGCGGACUUGCAGCCUCCAAGGAAGCUGCCAAACUUGGCAAGAAGGUUCUGGUUCUGGAUUUUGUUGUCCCUACUCCUUUGGGAACCAAAUGGGGUCUGGGAGGAACUUGUGUAAAUGUGGGCUGCAUUCCGAAAAAGCUGAUGCACCAAGCGGCUUUGCUUGGGCAAGCCAUCGGAGAUGCACCCAACUUUGGGUGGCAGCUGGAUAACGCAGGUGUAAAGCACAGGUGGGAUACGAUGACAGAAGCCAUUCAAAAUUAUAUUGGUUCUCUGAACUGGGGAUACAGAGUGUCUCUCCGAGAGAAUAGUGUCACCUAUGAGAAUGCUUAUGGAGAAUUUGUUGGGCCACACAGAAUCAAGGCAACAAAUAACAAAGGAGUAGAGAAGUUUUACACAGCAGAAAGAUUUCUGAUUGCCACUGGAGAAAGGCCCCGCUACCUGGGCAUCCCUGGGGACAAAGAAUAUUGCAUCACCAGCGAUGAUCUCUUCUCCUUGCCGUAUUGUCCAGGAAAGACAUUAGUGGUUGGAGCUUCCUAUGUUGCACUUGAGUGUGCAGGAUUUCUAGCAGGACUUGGUUUGGAUGUUACUGUCAUGGUGCGUUCUAUUCUUCUGAGGGGCUUUGAUCAGGACAUGGCGAACCGAAUAGGAGAACACAUGGAAGAACAUGGCAUCGACUUCCUUAGAGGUUUUGUGCCUAAAAAGAUUGAAAGGAUUGAAGAAGGAAAUCCUGGUUUACUAAGAGUCACAGGUGAAUGUACCAAAACCUCUGAGGUGUAUCAAGGAGAAUUCAACACGGUAUUGGUUGCCAUAGGAAGGGAUGCCUGCACAAGAAAAAUUGGCUUAGAGAAAGUUGGAGUGGAGAUCAAUAAAAAAACAGGAAAAAUCCCUGUCAAUGAUGAGGAACAAACAAACGUGCCGUACAUCUAUGCCAUCGGGGAUGUGUUGGAGGACAAGCUGGAACUCACCCCAGUGGCCAUCCAGGCGGGCCGGCUCUUGGCACAGAGGCUUUACGGGGGAUCAGACAAAAAGUGUGACUACGUGAACGUUCCCACCACAGUAUUCACUCCAGUUGAAUAUGGUACCUGUGGUUACGCAGAAGAAAAAGCAAUCGAGAAAUUUGGCAAGGAAAAUAUUGAGGUAUACCACAAUUACUUCUUUCCACUGGAAUGGACUGUCGCACCCCGAGAGAACAAUAAAUGCUAUGCGAAGAUCAUCUGUCAUAUUGCCGAUCAGGAGCGUGUUAUCGGUUUCCAUGUCCUUGGUCCAAAUGCUGGAGAAAUCACUCAAGGAUUUGCAGCAGCCAUAAAAUGUGGAAUGACAAAAGAACAGCUGGAUAGCACAAUAGGAAUUCACCCAGUCUGUGCAGAGGUAUUCACCACACUGUCUAUAACAAAGCGUUCAGGAGAAGAGAUCGCUCAAUCCGGAUGCUGAGGUUAAGCUUCCCCACUGUUGUUAGCCAUUGCCAGAGACUUGCUUUCAUCACCAUUGCCCACUCGGGAAGGGCAGAGGGGAAGCAACUGGGAAGCAAAUCCUGACAGCAACAUCUGUUGACAUCUGCUCUCUUCAACAAGCCUCCACAGCUGAUGCGGUGAGAGAAGAGCAAUGGGAUCUGCUAACUUACCGGUGGUGAAGAAUGGCAACUGGUACAAUGGUGGGACUGGCCCAUAUCAAGGUGCUGCUUAGCAAGGCAUCGUUCAAGGUGCUUCCAUGAAGUCACAGCCUCAAACCAGUGAUACCUGGUAGGCAGUGAUGGAAAAAUUGUCGGCACAGCUUGAGACUUGACUUUUUUUCUUCUGGAAUGAGGAGAACCCCACAUUUGGGUAUAUCCUCACUUUGACAUGGUACGCAACUCCCCCCAAGAGUUGCAUCAUGCCUACAAAAGCCCUCUUCUGUAGUGGGCAAUGCAUCACCCCUCCAGACUUGUACAGAGACACAGAGAAACAAGCCAUCAAGCCUAUGAGGGGAGUGAUUACAUUUUUCUACAGAAGCUUCCACUUAACCUUCCUUAUUUAUCCAGAGCAGCUGAUCAAUGUGGCUACUCCAACUCCCUAAGUCAAAGAACAUAUACUCCAUCACUUCUGCUGCUUUUUAGAACCUGUAUCAAUACAAGUAUGGUGUUGACUCCUUGGCUGAGUGAAAUAUUCCCCCCACAGCCCCAUACCACUAUAAUGCUGUGUGAAUUAUUUAUAUGACAGAUUAUAAGAUAAAUAUAUAUUUUGAGAUACUCUUUGAAGUGUUUCCCAAAUAUUCCCGAUGUUCAUAUAUUUUCUGUCUUUUAUGAAAACAAAAGUAAACUCUCUAUUUCUUGGUC